AGGUUGAGAAAAUUCAGAAAUAGUAAGUCAUCUACUCCAGCUCGUCGUGUCUCAAAGAGACUUUCACGCCACAACCCAGAAAUGGUGACUGAUUUAAAUCUAGGUGAACGUGUUCUUCAAACUGUGGUUAACAAUUCAGCCUCGUCAGGCCUUCCCAUGAAUGUCUCGGGUGGGGAAUCUGCCCAGCAAACUGAUCUAGCAACUGGUGAUUCUGAUCAGCCCUCUCUAAGCAGAAAAGCUUCAUCACGAAAUGAUCCUUUAAAAGUUGUGAAGUGUCUCUCAGAGGGACAAGCGUUUAACGAGCAAAAUGAAGAGAGAAUAUUGCAAGAUUCUCAGCCAGCUGGAAUAUCAUAUGAAAGAGGAAAGGUUCACUUGGAACAGCAUGCGCUUAACGAAAGGCCUACAGCAAAGCUGGCAAAAGAAGAACAAGAUGGUCAGAAUAGAUUAUUGAACAAUUCUCAAUUAGCUGAAUCAGCAUCAGGAAGAAGGGUAUUCCCUGCAGAGGACCGGUCUGUCUCAGAAAGGUCUACCGUAGAACAGGUCAGUGAAAAACGAAAUGGUGAGUACAAGCAAUGGCAAUAUUCACAACUAGCUGAACCAUCAUGGAGAAGUGUGGAUCUUAAUGUGGAAAACCAGCAAUGGCAAGAUGUACAACUAGCUCCAUCACAUAGAUUUGUGGAUCUUAAUAUGGAAAACCAACAAUGGCAAGAUUCACAACUACCUGAAUCAUCACACAGAAAUCUGGAUCUUAAUGUUGAAAGCCAGCCUGUUAAAGAAAAGCAAACAGGAGAGCUGGUAACUGAGAAUCAAGAAGAACAGAACAGAAGAUUGCAUGCGCAACUAGCUUCUUAUCCAUUUGGGGACUAUUGGUCAGACCCAUGCAUGGAAUUUGCAUUCAAGACCCUUACAGGUGCACUACCAGUAGAAGAUACCCUGGCCUUUCAGGGAUCUACCCAUCAAGAAUACAAUACUUCCUACACCCAGGCUGAUGAUGGGUGCUAUGAACUGCCAUUAUUCAACACUUCCAGUUUUUACUUGAAUGAUGCUCCAAACCACUGUGCUCCAUCGGAGGAGCACGUUGUCAAAGAGCAACCGCCACUAAAUCAAACCUUUUUGCCUACUGGUAAUAAUAGCAUACCAGGUCACAGUAGUGUUGUUUCUCAAAAUCCAGGUUUGACCUAUUUGCCCAAUGGGAAUAACAGCAUACCAGGUUGCAGUAGUGUUGUUUCUCAAAAUCCAGGUCUGAAUCCCCAGGUAAAGGACUAUCAAUCUAAAUUUAAAUCUCACAGGUGAAUGAGAGCACAUAGAGAGAGGAGAAGUGUUAGGUGUAUUGAUGGAUCAACUAAUAACACGAUGCUGCUCCUGUGAAUGCAUUUUUAUGCAGCUAUAUCCUCUGAUUGUAACAUUUUCUGAUGCGAUUUCUGGAGUUUGGGGUAUCUAUAAUUGGUUGAAGAUUGACCACAGGUGAUGCUUCAUCAAUUGUCUGGAGGUGACAGAUAAAAUUGGUUUAUUCGAACCAGAUAGCUGGUCGAAAUGUAGCUUUAACUUUCGGAAUGCUUAGAUCCCACAAUCCGUUGGAGUUUAGAUGAUCUGUUUCAAAAAGACAAUUGUUUGCUAUAUGUAUUCUGCAUAAUUAAGGUUGGAUCUCUAAGCUUUUAUAACACGUAAA